CGUGCUUUGUUUUGGCCCUGCCCGUGUAAUCAGCUCAGCCCUCGGCAUAAAAAGCACGGCCACCAGAACACGGCCGUGUAAUGAUUUAGGUGUGCCCGUGUUUUGGCUCCAGCUCACCGAAAUGACUUCCGAAUGCCCCGAAACUCGCGCUUAGCCUUCCAUUUGACACCUGGGACCUGAAACAUGACAAAAUAGCACAACCCGGCGUAAAAUAGGCCACAACACACGAAUAUGCCCCUCAAACGGAUAAGAACUAGGGGCGCAAACAUGUGCAAUUACAUCAUUAUCAAACUACUUCACCUCCCAGUUUGAGCAGCUGCGUCUCCAGAACCAGCAGAUCAUCGACCAUCAGAUGCAGUUCCUGCAGCAGUACGCGGCCCACCAGGUCGCGUACCACCAAAGGAUGGCAGGUUACGAUGAGAGAUUGGACCAGCUCCAGACCCAGCAGAGAGUGACCCUCGCACACAUCGAGCGAGAGAGGCGCCGUUCUCGGCGCAUGCAGGAGGUCCAGCAGCAUCUGCUCCAGCUGCUACCGGGCGAGCAGCCAGUCUGGAGGACUCCCUGGGAGGACUCUCCACUUCCACCUCCCCCUGCGGAUGGUGAUGAUGGUGCCGAUGGUGGUGACGCCUUCAUGAACGACAUCAACUUCAAUCUGGACGACCUCGGCGACGAGUAGGCUGUACUCGUUGCCCAUCUCAGUGUGUUUUGUUUUUCGUUUUAGACUUGUGUGUGUUUGCUCCAUGUGUGAGGAGCUUGAACUUAGUGUCGUUUGUUUUUGUUUGUUUCUUUUGUGGAUUGUUUUUGCUGUAGCCGUCUGGGCUAACACUUAUCCCUAACGCAUAGUGUGCUAGUGUGUUCUUGGUGUUUGAUUCGUGCAGCACUGUCCAUCUUCCCGUUUGUUUCUCGCUGACUGGUCCACUUCCAGUCCCCCAGCAGUUUCAAUCCGGUAACAUCGUUCCCCUUCUCUAUUCCUCUGCUCCAUUGAGGGCAAUGUCGUGCUUAAGUGUGGGGGGGGGGGGGGGGGGGUGCUUUGUAUCGAUUGGAAUGUAUAUAUGUGUGCUUGGAGCCUAGUCCACUGUCCAAAUCUUGAGAUUUGAGGGCUCCAAGUACUGCUGUUUGAUCAUAUUGGCACUGUGUUUUGAUUGAUGAAUUGAAUGGUUUUCGGAUUGAUGCAUGACAGCUUGAUUGUGACUAGGACAACCUAUGAUGAGGACUAAGACGUGCAGUAGAGUUGUGUAGGGGUUCAGUUUUUCAACUGUUUGCUUACCAACUGUGACUUGGAUUGAUUACUUGUUCUCGACAGUCUCUUAUGCAUCUAGUUCAGGGUAUCAGAAUGUGAGAUAGAGCAUAUAGGUAGCCAUGUGAGAUUUGAGCCUGCUCGUUUCUUUCUUGUGCGAUAGAUCCCUCUUCCAUGAUGUGUAGCAUUCACGUUGUCACUUGCUAGGAUGAUGGGGGCAUAGGAUUAGCCCACGACCAAAUUUGACUGUCCUGAUGUGUCAUAUCCCCUAGUCAGCCCUUUUGAGCCGUGUGUUAUCCUUUCUUUUGGUCUGAAAUGAAAAAAAUCACCUUGUUUACAUCUUUUAGAAGGUUCCACAGAGUGGUUUUUACAUAUUCUCUGCUGUUUCUGCUAAAUUUGAUGUGAGUGUUGGAGGUAGUGCUUAAAAGUUGAGCUGGGCAGGUGUUUGAAAUAUAUGCAGAAGUGGUGGCUCUCUUAAGAAAAGAAAAGAAAAUGAAAGAAAAACAAAGAAAAUUGAAAGCAAAGAGAGCCACUACCAAAAAUCUGAAUAAUGCCCAGUAUGUAGUGUUUCUUAGCGGUCUGGCUUGGAAAUGCUGACAUUUAUACCUCCUUCGCUCUUGUGCUCUUGAGAUAUUGAGUAAUGCAGAAUAGCAGAAAGGAAAUACCGGUUUGUUUGACUGUGAUUGUUUGGAUUUGGAAAUGUGGAACCUUGUGCUAUGAAUACUUCCACCACCUAAAAGGCUUUUUCCCCAUGUCCAAGACCCUAGCCGGUCAUUUGAACCUGUGUCUAAGACCUCCUGAUUAGUUAGUGGUGACACCCCAUAUGUGAACUCUAGCAUUUAGAGGCUGCCAUCAUGGUGAAGAGAUGUUAGGGAUUGAGAGAAAUAACAUGCGCAUUUUUCG